AUGCUCCUUUCCCGCAUCGAGAGGCCCGAUGCGGCGACGGGCGGUUGGCGACGGAGAGCACGGAGUACCAGCAGGGUCGACGAAUUUAGUCGACCGGAAUUAUGCUGGUACCAUCACAGAUUCGCACCAGGGCAAGGAAUUGCCGGCACCCUGCAAAUACAGCUCCAAAACCAAGUCGAAAAAACUAAACAGCUGGCGGUAGGAGCGGCAGAACCCCCCGCAAAAACAUAUACGAACCGCCUUUUUCUACGUAUGGGACCGGCGGAACAACAUAAAGUUUCUAGUGGACACAGGAGCAGCUAUCAGUGUGAUACCCCCAAAGAACAGCAAGACCGAAAAGGCGACCCGUAUAAACUCCAGGCAGCAAAUGGCUCGACGAUCGAGACAUAUGGAGCCAAGACACUGACUCUGAACAUCGGCACCCUCUCUCGACACAACACCACUGGAAUCAGUGUGACAACUUGCCACGGACGAGAGUACAUCGAGAUCUUAAACAGAUACUGGACCUCAUUCAACCACUCGCAGGUACCGGUCCGCAAGACACCAAACACAGCACCAUAUAAAGACCAGUGGACAGCCUACUUUUUUCCCCCACGACGACUUCCUCUCAUAAGCUGGAAUCGCCCAAAAGAGUUUAACAACAUGCUGCAGGACGGAUUUAUACCACCCUCCGAUAGCCCAUACGCCUCACCCCUACAUCUCAUCCUAAGCCGAAGCACAGACUUUAGUCCACCCAAGGACGAAACUGACUACACCACAGCACUGUCCGUCCGAUCCUCUCUCUCUGCAAGCGCCCGGCGCAGCACCUUUACUCAAGUACAGACAUCCAGGGAUCGACUGGACCUCGAACAUCGCUGUUUCCAUUCGCCUACCUCCAAGCUGUCGCCUUGA